AUGGAGUCAACUCUUCCUCUGCCGUUCCUCGUGAGCGUCUCCAUUCCCCCGGGACUGGGUGGGGAGAAGGAGGGCCUCAGUCGAGAGGAAGUCAGCUGUCUGGGAUGCAUCUUCCUCGAGGUGACAGAGAAAAAUCUCGAGAAGGUCUUCAACUUUCUGAAGCGCCACAAUGUCGAGUUUGAGCCUUACUUUGACGUCACUCGCCUUGGUUCAAAGGAGGAUAUUGUGGCCCUACUAGAUGCCGGCGCUCGCAAAGUAUUUGUCAAGCCCGAGAAUCUAUCAGAGUAUGCCUCAUAUGGGUCAAGGGUGGCGCCUCUCAUCACCGACGCCAGCCAAAUCGAUGUGGCAACAGAGAGCGGCCUUCUCAUCUCUGAUUUCGACCUUGCCAAGGAUGGCAACAGCCAGUUGGCCGAGAAGUGCAAGGCUAAGAGGAUAACGUCGCUGUUCAUGAAGCCUACGACAGGCACCGAUCUUCAAAGGUUUAUUGACUUCGCGUCUCAGUGCGGUGCACUGCCGGUCCUACCUUCCACCGGAUUGACCGCCAACAAGGACGAUGCCUCUAAACUCUCUGUGGCCAAAAUUAUGUCCUCGACUUGGACUUCUGACAGAGCUGAUAAACUCAUCCCGACGGUAGUCACCGACGAGACUGGCGUUGCUCUCGGUCUUGUUUACAGCAGUGAAGAGAGUGUGGCCGAGGCUCUCCGAACACAGACUGGUGUCUACCAAAGCAGGAAACGGGGCUUGUGGUACAAGGGUGCGAGCUCGGGAGACACGCAAGAGCUCCUGAAGAUCAGCCUGGAUUGUGACAACGACGCACUGAAGUUUGUUGUCAAGCAAAAGAACCGAUUCUGCCACCUCGAGCAGUCAGGGUGCUUUGGUAACCUGCGAGGUAUCCCCAAGCUGGAGCAGACGCUCCAGUCUCGGAAGCAGUCAGCCCCUGCGGGAUCCUAUACCGCACGGCUCUUCUCUGACGAGAAGCUGCUGCGGGCGAAGAUCAUGGAGGAGGCCGAGGAGCUGUGUAACGCAAACACUGCCGAGGAGGUCGCUUUUGAGGCUGCCGACCUGAUCUAUUUCGCCCUGGCCAAGGUAGUCUCUGCCGGUGUCAGCCUGGCCGAUGUUGAGAGGAGUCUCGAUGCCAAGAGCUGGAAGGUCAAGAGGAGGCAAGGAGACGCCAAGGGCAAAUGGGCUGAAAAGGAGGGCAUCAAGCCCGCUGACGCCGCCAAGGCACCGGCUCAGGCCCCAGCUGCCGCUCCCAAGCAGACUUCAGAGCGGAUCACCAUGAGGCGGUACGAUUCUUCAACGUCGUCUCCUGCCGAAAUUGAAGAGGUCCUCAAGAGGCCGUCGCAGAAGUCCUCGGAUGCCAUCAUGAAGAUCAUUACCCCCAUCAUCGACGAUGUGCGCAAGAACGGCGACAAGGGUUUGUUGUCGUACACUCACAAGUUCGAAAAGGCAACCUCUCUGACCUCUCCUGUCCUCAAGGCUCCCUUCCCCAAGGAGCUCAUGCAAUUGCCAGCCGAGACCAUCAAGGCGAUAGAUGUCUCGUUCGAGAACAUCCGCAAGUUCCACGCUGCUCAGAAGGACGAGAAAACGCUCAAUGUUGAAACCAUGCCUGGCGUCGUCUGCAGCCGUUUCUCGCGGCCGAUUGAGCGCGUUGGUCUGUACGUGCCCGGUGGUACCGCCGUCCUACCCAGCACCGCGCUCAUGCUUGGUGUGCCCGCCAUGGUUGCCGGCUGCCAAAAGAUUGUGCUGGCAUCACCGCCCCGGGCGGACGGAAGCAUCACCCCGGAGAUCGUCUACGUCGCUCACAAGGUUGGCGCUGAGAGCAUCGUCCUGGCCGGUGGCGCUCAGGCUGUUGCUGCCAUGGCUUACGGUACUGAGAGCGUGACCAAGGUCGAUAAGAUCCUUGGUCCCGGUAACCAGUUCGUUACUGCCGCCAAGAUGUUUGUCAGCAAUGAUACCAACGCCGGUUGCGGUAUCGACAUGCCCGCCGGUCCCUCCGAGGUCCUUGUCAUCGCCGACAAGGAUGCCAACCCGGCUUUUGUCGCGUCUGACCUCCUCUCCCAAGCCGAGCACGGUGUUGACAGCCAGGUCGUCCUCCUUGCCGUUGACCUGGAUGAGCAGCACCUUCAGGCUAUUGAGGACGAGCUUCACUCGCAAGCCAUGGCUCUUCCCCGUGUCGAUAUUGUCCGCGGAGCUAUUGCCCACUCGGUCACGAUCCAGGUGCGCGACGUCGAGGAGGCCAUGCGCAUCAGCAACGAGUAUGCUCCUGAGCACUUGAUCUUGCAGCUCAAGGAUGCCGAGAAGACUGUCGACCAGGUCAUGAACGCUGGCAGUGUCUUCAUCGGGCAGUGGACACCCGAGAGCGUCGGCGACUACUCGGCUGGCGUGAACCACUCUCUGCCUACCUACGGCUUUGCCAAGCAGUACUCUGGGGUCAACCUGGGCUCGUUCCUCAAGCACAUCACCAGCUCCAACCUCACGGCUGAGGGUCUGCGCAACGUGGGCGGUGCCGUCAUGCAGCUCGCCAAGGUCGAACAGCUCGAGGCCCACAGACGUGCCGUCGGCAUCCGCCUCGAGCACAUGAACAAGACGUCCUAA